AUGGGUCGCGGCGCCGGUGCUCCCCGUGGAGGGUACGGAGGAGGAUUCCGUGGCGGCUUCGCUGGCGGCGCUCGCCCGGCCACCUGCUACAAGUGCGGUGGACCCAACCACUUUGCCCGUGAUUGCCAGGCCCAAGCCAUGAAGUGCUACGCCUGCGGCAAGCUUGGCCACAUCUCCCGCGAUUGCACUGCUCCCAACGGCGGCCCAUUGAACACUGCCGGCAAGACCUGCUACCGCUGCGGCGAGACCGGUCAUAUCUCCCGCGACUGCACACAGGCUGAGGUCAACGGUGAUGCCACCGUUGCCCCUGUCGCUGCUGCUCCCGUCCCGGCCGCUGCCCCCACCGCUACUGUCGCUUAG